AUGAACUGCAUUGUACCGCUAACUAAAGAAACUUGUCCUCGUGGAUCUAUUUAUACUUUUGACUUCGACAUUCGUGAUUUUAAGUACAAGCAAUGUUUUCUCAGAAACAUGUCUGAGGAUGACAAAAAAUUACUACAUGAUCACAUAAUAAAAACUGUUGGAGUGAAAAAGAAGUUGUAUAAUACAUCGAUUUCAAGCACCAAAUGCGCUGUGCCAAUUGAUCAAAGUGUUGAAGAAUCGAAAGGUUGCUUGACACCUAAACCUCCGAAAAGAAUUGUGCCGCUUGGUUAUGACUCUCUCCCUCGGAGGCCCAAGCGUGUGAUGCCACCUGAAUUUCAAAAAGUUGAGGACUCAAAACGAGUUAUGACUCCUGAACCUCAAAAAACAAGUAUGCUGCAAGAUUUUGAGUCAGUUCCUGAAGAAUACAUGCGCGAGGAUGUUCGGACAAGAUCGAGUGAACAUAAAGAAGUGCGGACAGAAUUUUGGGGAAAAUGGAAUGAUGAUGAGGUUGUCAACGAUUCAUGUGAAGAAAAUCCUUUUUCACCUCAACCUUUGAAACGUGUCAUAACACCUGAACCUCUGAGAUUAAUUUCGCCGCCUAAUGAAACCUCUCUUCCUGAAGAAUACAUGCGCGAUGAUUUUUGGGAUAGAUUAAGUAAAAACAAGGACGUGCGGACAGGAGUUUGUAGAGAAUGGGUAAAGGGAAAAGAAGGACAUUUAACAUUUGAAGCGUUACUCUGUCUGCGUGAUGGCGAAUGGGUCAACGGUGAUGUAAUUGAUGCAUAUCUCCAACAUAUAUGUAGACGAAAUGGUACUAAUCUUGUCCCCUCUGAUAUAGGUACUUGUUAUGUUUUCUAA